GUUCGAUUUGAUUUGAUUCUGGGUUCAAAUUUCUCGUAUUGUAUAUCGUGACAACCGAUUCCACAUCGUGGGUGUGCGACAGAGUGAGAAAGCGAAAGAGAAAGUGUGUGAGAGAGAGGGAGAAGCGGGGAUCGGUGUGUAGAGAAGAUUAAGGAGAUGGCAAGGAGACCAGACGAGGAGUACGAUUACUUGUUCAAAGUAGUGUUGAUAGGCGAUUCAGGUGUUGGAAAAUCCAAUCUUCUCUCUCGAUUCACCAGAAAUGAGUUCUGUUUGGAGUCUAAAUCCACAAUCGGCGUCGAAUUCGCAACUCGUACCCUACAAGUUGAAGGAAGAACGAUAAAGGCUCAGAUUUGGGACACAGCAGGGCAAGAACGAUACAGAGCAAUAACAAGUGCGUACUACAGAGGUGCCCUAGGAGCACUUCUAGUGUAUGAUGUAACAAAACCAACAACUUUUGAAAACGUAAGCAGGUGGUUGAAGGAGCUGAGGGAUCAUGCAGAUGCGAAUAUUGUGAUCAUGCUUAUAGGAAACAAGACUGAUCUGAAACAUCUUAGGGCUGUUGCAGUAGAAGAUGCUCAAAGUUUUGCAGAGAGAGAAGGGCUUUCGUUCAUUGAGACCUCUGCUUUAGAAGCUGUAAAUGUUGAGAAGUCAUUUCAAACGAUUCUUGGUGAGAUUUAUAGGAUUAUUAGCAAGAAAUCUAUAUCUGGUGGAGAGUCUGGACCUUCUAGCAUUAAACAGGGUGAGACGCUUGUUGUUGGAGCACAGGAUGGUAAUACCAAGAAGGCUUGUUGUUCAUCCUCAUGACUGUUUUAUUGGGUUGGAAACUUGUUUGGAUUUUAUCUUGUUGAAUUGUGAGUUUAUUUUUUUCUUUUGUUUUUUGUGUGGUUAAGCACGAGGUACAUUACGGAUUGUAGUUGAUUUUGAUUUUCUUACAAAUGAAUUCAUGUGCUCUAUCUUCAUUGCAUUUUAGGUGUUUCUUUUUUUACUUGGACUGACAAAAUGUAAUUCGAUAAGCUAUAUAUAAGUGUUCCC